UCAGCAGUCACUUUAGUCCCACGAAAUGGUUCCCAGUCCCUCGGAUGGCGGGGCUAGAGAACCCCACCAGAGCUGCCCCCCUCGGUGCCUUGCAGCUCCCAUCAUAUACUGUCAGUAAAUCACGCAGGUCAAGGUACUAUGGCUUCCUCGAAAUGGAAAGAGCUGUCCCGCUACUCAGCAUGCGACAUAGCGGACGCUCUCUUGAAGCUGGGUGUGCCCGGCGCUGGCUUCCUGCCCGACAUCACACCGAUGCCGCACACAUCAGGACUACGCAAGCCUGAGCUCAAGAAGAUCAUCGCGCCAGCUUCCACGUUCCUUAUGGCACCAAAAGCGACGCCAUCAUUUCCCAACCCUGUGACGUUGUCCAAAGAUUUCCCUAAAUCCAACUCGUCGGCGACUGGCCCGUACGCAGACCUCACACAACCUGGAACCGUGGUUAUUGUCAGCCAACCACCGGGCCAGUCUUGCGCGGUCAUGGGCGGUAUAAUGGCGGAGCGUAUGAAGGUUCUAGGCGCCCAGGGCGUCGUUGUUGAUGGUCGCGUACGAGAUCUGGUCGCACUGGCAGAGACUGGUCUUCCCAUCUGGUCGAAAGGCUCUUCGAUCAUUGGAGCAGGUGCGGAGACCAGGCUUCAUGCGUACGAAGUGCCAGUGCGGGUGGGCAAGACGGUAAUCGAGCCUGGAGACAUAGUGAUGAUAGACCCGUUCGAGAACGGAGUGGUCGCAGUGCCACAGGGCAAGGUAGACGAGGUGUUGCAGCUGCUCCCGAAGCUUGUGGGAGCCGACGACAAGGUAAUCAGCGAUGUGAAAAAUGGCAGGCGGGUCGACGAAGCCUUUGAGGAGCACAGAAAUGCAUGAACAGCACUGAGGAAAUGUUAGAGAAGACUUUGCAGCUCAAAUCCAUAGCAAUGAUUGUAAUCGCAGAC